AUGACAAUCUCUAAAUGGUCGCUGGAUUUCACAGCGAAUAAGGAGGCUUCCAUUGCUCCCGUAUGGGUAAGCUUCCCUGGCCUGCCAUUACCUUUCUUUGGCAAGAAUCCACUCAUGAAGCUGGCGUCUGUGCUAGGGCGUCUGAUGAAGAUUGAUGCGGCCACGGGAAAUUUACGGCGGCCGUCGGUGGCGAGAGUGCUGGUGGAGAUUGACGUUUCACGCGUACCAGUCAAGAGAUUAUGGAUUGGUGACGACGAGUAUGGGUUCUGGCAAUCAAUGGAGUAUGAGAAGUGGCCGGCCUUCUGUCCCUUUUGUGAGAGGUUCGGGCAUGUUCAGCAGGACUGUUUCAAGAAGUUUUCGGAUCUCAAGCCAGUUGCAGCGCAGGCCAUGGCGUCCUCGGGGGCUGUCGAGGACCAUGGUAGGCUGAAAGGGAGGGAGGAGGAUGAGGGGGAACAGGGGAGGAGGCAGAGGGAGUUGUCGGAGGAGAAGGCUCCAGGUGAGGGGUGGGUGCAUAAGGGGACAGGUGAGGUUGGGGUAGUGGAGGGGUUUCAACAGGAGAAGGCGGCUCUAGGUGAGGGGUGGGUGAAUCUGGGGACAGGUGAGGAUGGGGUAGUGGAGGGGUUUCAACAGACUACAGUGGAGGGGGGGUGCAAAGGGGACAAGGCGGGGCAGGCAACAGAUAUGCUAGGAGUGCGUUAUAGAGGAGGCAGGGCAGGGGAUCCAGAUUCACGGGGGUUGCAAGCGUUGCUGCUAGCGCCUGAUGGGAGGAAGGGGGAUGAGAUGACUCUCAGUAAUACCUUUGCAGCCCUGGAAGGGGAGAGUGAGGAGCUGUUGGAGAUGGGGAAUCCCAGGGGAGCGAGGUCGCUGAGUCCAGUGCGGGGAGAGGCUAAGAGGUGGGUGUCAAUGCAGGAACUCCGUCAGGCGCAGAUGCAGUUGACGCGUCGCUUGAAGGCGGGCAGGUUGGAGAGGUUCUGGAGUGCAGGGACGGGCAAGAUGGCGGAGGGGCAGCUUCAGAACACGCUGGACAGUAGCAUGGGGCAGAUAAGGAGAGGCAACAAGGCCCGGCGACAAGGGGUAGGGGUUCAAGAAAUAGCAUCCUAUGCGGAGGGGAAAAUAUGGGUGUUAUGGGAGCUGCCGCUUCAUAUAGCUUUCAACACACAUGCGGAUCAGUUGGUAGAUAUGGAACUCAAUUUCCCUACGGGUAAAGUUUUCUUUUCAGCGGUCUAUGCACGCUGCACAGGUGUAGCUCGGAGACCCCUUUGGGGUAUCAUGGAGAUGCUUGCGGGGGAACGGCAAUCUCCCUGGAUGUUGGCUGGGGACUUCAACGUGAUCUCGGAGGCCUCGGAACGACAAGGGGGGGCGCCUCCGAAUGCUCGGAACAUGGAGGAGUUUAAUCAGGCAGUAUUUAAUAGUGGCCUGGCGCCGGUGGACUUCGAGGGGACUCCUUUCACAUGGACGAAUGGGACAGUGUGGCAACGGCUGGACAGGGUGUUGGCAAAUAGCGCUUGGACUGAACAAUAUGCUAUUUCAAAGGUGCUGCACCUAGCAAGGGGUCGGUCGGAUCAUGCUCCACUAUUGAUUAAGUGUGGCAUGGCGGGACGGGGAUCAGCGGCUUUCAGAUUUCUUAAUGUUUGGACGCGGCAUGAUGCUUUCUUGGGAUUGGUGAGACGGGCAUGGGAGGAGGGUAUCCCAGUACGAACAAUGCCUGAGCUACAUAGAAAACUCGCAGCCGUGAGAAGCAAGUUGCGGGUAUGGAAUAAGGAGGUUUUCGGGAACAUUGGGGACAGGGUGGUGGAGCUUGGCCAAAUUAUGAAGGCAAAGGAGGAGCGUUAUGACAGGGAACAUACUACUGCGGCCAAGAUUGACUAUCAUGAGGCUAGGGCUGCAUACAUGCAUCAGUUGCGACGUGCAGCUAACUAUAUUGGCAGGAUAAGAAGUCCGGCAGGGCAGUGGCUGACAUCGACGGAGGAUAUUAAGGAGUCGGCAGCGCAGUUCUUUGAGCAACUUUUUACUUCGGACAGAAGUACGGAUCGUCACCCGGCACUGACUUUCCCCCUGCCGAGGGUCUCGCGGGAGGACAACGAGAGCUUGGUGCUUCUGCCAACCAUGGAAGAAGUGCGUGAGGUGGUUUUCUCUAUUCAUACCGACAGUGCCGCUGGGCCUGAUGGGUUCGGGUCGGGAUUUUAUCAAGCGUGUUGGGAGAUAAUUAAGGUUGACUUGGUGACGGCGGUCCAGGAUUUCUUUCAAGGCGGAUGGCUGUCAAAGGGAAUCACCAACACGUCGAUUGUGUUGAUACCUAAAGUGCAGGGGGCAUCAUCAUGGCAGGAGUUUCGCCCAAUCAGCUUGUGCAAUGUAAGCUCCAAGAUUGUCUCCAAAAUUGUGGCCAACAGGUUGAACAGGUUGCUGCCAGCACUGAUUUCCCGUGGCAGUCCGGCUUCGUGCCGGGUCGGCAAAUCAUGGACAACAUUUUGUUGGCUCAGGAACAUGCGCAGGAGUUGGAUCGCCGACUGGAAAUUUCGAAUCUAA